AACCUUCAGCCGCCAGCUGCCAUUCGGCCCGGAGACACACUCCCGGAGGAGGUGGUGACAUGUUCUGCAGCGUUUGAAGAGGGGUGCCGGAGGUGAGAGGAAGUCUCUGUUCCUUUGAUACAGAGGAAGAACAGGAAUACAGAGAAAAGGAGGAAUUCAGAGAGAGAAGGAAUACAGGGAGAGAAAGAGGGAAUACAAAGAUAAAGGAGGAAUAUAGAUAAAUCGAGGAGCAAUAUAGAGAAUAGAGAGAGAAAGAAUUCAGAGAAAAAGAAUACAGACACAGGAGGAAAACGGGAAAAGGAAUACAGAGAAAAGGAGGAACACAGAGAGGAGUACAGAAAAAAAGAAUAAACAGAGAGGAGGAAUCCAGAGAGAAGGAAUACAGAGAAAAAGAACAAUACACAGAGAGAGGAAGAAUCCAGAGAAUAGGAAUACAGAGAAAGAACGAAUACAGAGAAAAAGAGAAGGAAUACAGCGAGAAGAAAACAGAGAGAAAGAGGAAUCCAGAGUAAAAAACGGAAUACUGAGAGAGGAGAGGAAUGAAUGGAGAGGGAGCUGUUCAAUAGCUGGUAAAUGCCCCUGUUUCUUUGCUGCCUGAGGUUAUAUAAUCGCUGUGUCAAUGUGCGCCUUCCGGGACUGGAAGCAGGAGCCUGUAUCCCUGCUGCAGAACCCGGUCCCUGCUGCAUGAGGAAUGGGCUCCCUUAGCGAACCCGCCGGCGGGAUGGUGGAAGAGGCCGGGAACGGUAGCGCCGAGCCCACGGGGGCCCCGGCCAUGCCGGGCGGGAUGCCGAGGCGCCAGGAGUCGCCGCUGUUCCGCCUGGACCUGGACAACUUCGACAGCUCGGAGGCGGAGGGCAGCCGCUAUGUGCUGACCAGCCCCCGGUCGCUGGAAGCCUGCGCCCGGUGCGGGGUCAGGCCGGUCGAGCUGCUCCAGAGGAACGUCAACGAGUUCGCCCGGGAGGCUCCAGGCCGCUCCAUGAGGGUGGCCAGCGGCCUGUACGAGGUGUACGAGAGGGACAGGCGGAGGAAGCUGAGGGACUGCAGGCAGGAGAGGGAGAAGAUCAUCCGGGAGGAGGAGGAGAGGAGGAGGAGGAGGACAGGAGUGGUCAGGAACAGCCUCCCCGCUUCCCCAUCCUCCAGCAGGGCUCAGAAAAGCCAACCCUUGGACCUGAGCAGGAGUCAGUCCGUGGACCAGCUGCAGAAGAAGCCGGGCAGCCGCUCAACAGUGACCUCCUCGGAUUCAGGAGCCUCCUCGUCCUCCUUCAGUGGCGACGCCGCCAAGGACGGGCACAGUUGGCUGCUCAGGGCGAGCCCCAGGGGCAUGGCACUUGGUGCCAGCCUAGGCAAGAGCUUGAGCCUCGGCGACCUGUGCCAGUCUCCUCAGACCGCUCAGAAGGUGGCUCGGAUCGUCCGGGAGGUCAAGCAGAAGGGGCACGUCGAGGUGUCUGACCGGGACAGGAAGAUUGCCGCCCUCAUGCUGGCCAGGCGCCAGGAGGAGGCGCUGAUGAGCGGCCGGAGCCACCGGACUCACGUGGAGUGGGAGGCGCGCCGGAGGAGGGAGGCGGCGAGGAGGGAGGCGGAGGAGCGCGGGAGGCAGAGAGCACUGUUGCAGUGCCGGAGGAUGUGGGAGUGCACGCUGGACGCGCGCCGCUCGAAGCUGAGCCAGGAGCAGGAGGAGGCGGCCAGGCUCCGGCAGCAGCAGUCCCUCCUGCAAGAGGAGAAGUGGAGGCUGCUGGCGGGCAGCCAGGAACGGCAGAGGAGAGGCAAGCGGGAGCAUGCCAAGCUCGAGGCGCUGGGGAAGAAGAUGCAGCAGGAAGAGCACCUGAGGGCCAGGGAGCUGGAAGAGCAGACGGACCUCAAGUUGAGGGACCAGCUCUUGCACCAGAAGUUGAACCUGGCCCAGCAGAAGAAAGUGGAGAAGGACGAGAAGCAGGCCAAGGAGAAGAAGCUGGCCAACGCGGUGGAGAGGCUGAAGCACGAGGCUGCCCUGAAGGAGAUCUCCAAGGAAAUGGAGAUGGAGAAGAAGGUGCUGAGGAUGUCUCUGGAGCAGAAGCUGGCCCGGUCUCAGGAGAACUACGAACAGCUGAUGGAGAAGCGAAAUCGGGAGUUGAAGGAGAGGGCAACGAGGGAGGAUUUUCAGAUCCGGCGGGCGAGGACAGCUGCCGAGCAGCACGAGAAGGAGCACCAGGAACACCUGGAAGCCUUGGCUCGGGCAGCGGAGAGGAAGCUCCGGCACGCAACGCAGGUCGCCCAAGAAAAGAUCAACCAGAUAUCCCGCAGGGCUGGCGAGAGCCGGGUGGAGAGAGAGAGGAUCCACCGGCUCAACAAAAUGAAACUGCAGGAAGACGAGGAGUGCAAGCGGAGGGAGAUCCAAGACUCCAUCACAAAAAAACUGGAGAAAAGCGAGCGCAUCUUCAGGGAAAGGCAGAUUGCCCUGGAGAACUCACGAUCCUUGGCCAGGGCCUCCUUCCAAAUCCGAGAUAAGGUGCGCUUGGAAAUAAACACGAGGACUUUCGAUAAGAUGGCCCUUGAGGCAGAACUGCAUGCCCACCUGGACAAAAAGUAGGUCGGGCGAGUUCCCUCUCUGAGCCUCUGUGCUAAUCUUCGGAACUAACCCAAACUCUGCCUUUUUUUUCAAAGAAAAGCUUUAUAUUGCAGAAGAUUCAGUCUGUUGUGCAUCAUACCAUGUAUGUAAUGCUUUGAUGUUUAAAAGGUACAGAGCACAAUCGAACAAUUGGGUAAAGGGUGUCUUUAAUAGUUGCCUUUAUUAGGGUUUAAUACGUUCUACGUAACUUAGUUGGUAACUUUGCUGAGUGUUUGUAAGGCCCUGUGUUACUUUUAAUGGAUAUGAAGUGUUGGCAGGUACUAAACCUCGGCUACGGAAGGGAUAUCUGUUGUUCCAUAUAAUAUGGCCAAGAUCCUUUCUCACAGGACCAAUCUAUACAGCACACAGUCGCUGUAGUUUUUUUUUAGUUUCAAAGUUACUGUUUAAACACUGGAAUGUCUUAACUCUGAUCUAGAGAUAGUAAAAACUGCCGAUACUGGACUCAGAUAACACGGUGUGGAGCUGGAGGAGCACUGCGGGCUAGGCAGCAUCAGAGGAUCAGGAAAGUUGACUUUCGGGUCAGGACUCUUUUUCAGAAAUGGGGGAGGGAAAAGGGAGCUCUGAAAUAAAUAGUUAUUCAGGACCAAAGAGAUUACCAGAGCAUUGCAGUGGGAACAGGCAACUGGAGGAGCAACACCUCAUAUUCUGCCUUCGGACCCUGCAACCCAGUGGUGUCAAAUGUGGAUUUUACCAGUUUUAAAAUCUCCCCACCCCAGCCUCAGCUCAUAACCAACCCUCCUUCUCAUCCCCACCUCCUUGACCUGAGACAACAUGACACAACCUGUCCAUCUUCUCUCCCACCUAUCCACCCCCCCACCACACUGACUAAUCCCCACCACUCCCUACCUGCACUCACCUAUCACCAUCCCACCCACCUUCCCCAGCCCCAUCCCUAUCCCUCCUCUCCAUUUAUUUUGGAGCUCCCUUCCCCCUCCCAACUUCUGAAGAAGGGUCCCAAUCUGAAACGCCAACUGCCUUGUUCCUCCGGUGCUGCCUGGCCCACUGCCUCCAGCACUGCACUGUGUUAACUCUGGUCUAACCUAGUUCACCCAAGCUGCUAAAGUCUUUACAGAAAAAAAAAAUCUUUAUCUGGUCCACUUAUGUCAGUUUUGAUCAAAUAAAGUUUGUGCAAUAAGUUUGAGUUUUUAGGUUUACAGUGAAUGGAUGUGCUAAGUGAGUGCAGAUUAUUGAAAGAUGUGGUUGGUGUGACAGCGAAUUCAGAUUGCAAGUGAACAGAGAAAUGAACUCAGGUACUGGAAAGGCUGGAAAUGAGUGGGAAAUAAGGUGGAGUGGUGAAUGAGAGUGCUACCAUCCAAACUCAGGAAUGUGUAAUCCGUAAACAGACCCAAAAGAUGAGAAUUUGCUGUUCCUCAGGUUACAGUUCCAUUUUGAAAUCUGAUGUGGCGGCCUUAUCUGGUUAGCAUUGCAGGUGUGACCACCUCACAGAAAUGCACCAUAUCCUGUGUGUUUGGGGAAGGAGUCUCUCAGAUUGAUUCCCCACCCAACUACCAUUUUCCCGAAUCCCAGUCCUUCCCUUCGAUAUUUAUUUGCAUAAUAAGAAUGUUGAUACAUUCAGGGAUUGAGUUUCAUAUGAAGCAUCUGCUGUCUAGUCUCUAAGUGGAUUGAUGUCAUGUGGGUCAGGGAUGAUGGGAGGGAUAGUGAGUGGGAUGAUGAGAGAGAGCACGCAUAUACAUACAAUAUAUACUAUGCUAUUGGGACUGGAGUGCUUCAUCUCUUCCUCCCCCUCUCCACCCCCAGAAUGUUAUUAAUUUAAGUGUAAGUUUUCUUUGAAAAUUGGUCUUUGUUAUGGUGAUUCUAUGGGAUUCUAUUCUAUUCUGCAGUGCCACUUUAAGGGUUUCUAGGUCCGUUAACAAAUUUUAUUUAAGGAUUUUUAAAAGAGUGGACAUGUACAAUAAAUAUACCUUCACCAACAAUGUAUAGAUUUGGUGUUGUAUGUUUGUCAAGAUCUCUGGAGAGAUGGUUGCUGGAUUAACUAAAGCUGUUAUAGUUAAGAACACAUCCUUUGUAUUACUGUUAUUGCUAGUGCACUGGUAAUCCACAGGAGGUGAGUUUUGGUACCACUGUGAUAAUUGGAGAACUUUUAAAAGUCUGGAAAUAAAUCGGUACAGUAAGAAAGAAAAGUGACUGGGAGGUUGUUGGACUGUUGUUCGAAACUUGACGAGAAACUGUCCUACACAUGUGACUCCGGUAUCAUGUCAAACCCUUAAAUGCCCUUGGAAGUGGCCUAAGAAGGCAGGAUGUUGUCUCAGUAGUUUCUCAGGUUGAGUGUGCACAUCAGUCUUGACAGUGUAAUUUUACAUCCUGAGAAUGACCUUUAAAACAUUGAAGGGUUGACAAAACCAACAUCAGCUGGGACUUCCUCCCCUCCCUCUCCCAGUUGAAACAUCUCCAUUCACAAUCUGAUUUUUACACAGAAAAGAGAUCAAAGCCAGGACAGGAAUUCUGCAAUUUUGUCACCGUACUUAGACUCUGUCCACAGUGCUAUCUGCUUGGUGCGAGGAGAAAGCAGACUAUUGAAGUAGCAUUCCCAAUACUGUGCCCAACAGGCAUGAUUGUAGGCACACACAUAGAAAAGAUAGCAAUUACAGGAGUCACAUUGUGUUCUUCACAAUCAUGCUGCUUAUAUAUUCCCAUCCUCUCAAAUUGUCCUUUUCUUACUGAAAUGUUCAACAUAAUCACUUUGCUUCUCCAUGGAAAACUAUUAAUUAAUCCAAACAAACUACUGUGAAAGCCAAAGCUUCAAAAUCCUAAUUGCUUUACAGUCCCAAGGUGGUGGUUGCCUUCACCCUGUUAGCAAGCUUCCAUGGCUUUGCCCCACCCUAUCACUCCACUGUCGUGACCUUUCAUAUUCUCUUUUAAUUGCUCCUUUAAUUCUGUAUUCUUGCACAUCCAGGCUUUCUUUGUCAAAGCAUUGCAUCCCAAGUGGUGCUGCUGAACAUUAGCUGUAGUCAGCCUCUUUGUUGGUUGGCAGCUGGGAUCUAUGUUGAUGCUAGGGGUGACCUGCCUCUGCCUCAGUUAAAUGCCUGAUUAAUUGAUGUUUAAUGCAGACCAGCCUUCCUGAACAGAGGUGGCUUGGAGUUGAUACUAGGCAUAAGGCGAGAUUUCUGCCACCCAUGAUAAAUUAUGCUCAAAUUUUCCAUUAAGUUGAAACACUUCUUCAAAACUGUUGAACCUUGUUUUUAAAUUUUCUGUUUAUAGGGAGCAUCUUUUCAUAACAGUCAGAUAUCAGUAGCUGUGACCUCUGUUAUGGACAGACCAAACCCCAACACAAUAUUCAGAAGAUAGCCGAGACCCUAACUUUUUCUUACUUUAAAGUCUGUUUGGGAACUCAUCCAGCAGGCAUCUGGAUAGAGAGGGCAGAGAACAGGCGAUGCUUGUCAACACCUCAUUAAAUGGUCCUUCUCCCACCUACCUUAACACGCAACCAUGGCACUCAGCUGCUGAACUCUCUGACCGAUCCUUCACCUACUGACUCAUCUUCCGGUCUCCUGCUGUCCAGGCUCAUAGUUGAGGAGCAACUUAUUGAAGACUACACAGAGUUGCCCAAUGUCCAGGAUUGCCCUGCAAUCUCCAUCCAUUGAAAAGUGAGCAACUCAUGGGAAACAUCAUUAGGGCAUUAAAGAGGAGAGUAUGUUCAAUAUGAUUUUCUUUACGUGCACUGUUCUUUAUCUGUCAUCAGGCCUUAUAUAUUUAAUGGUAAGAUCCCGGUGAGUGUUGCUGAACAAAGAGACUUGGUUAUGCAAGCUCGUAGUUCUUUGAAAGUGCAGUCACAGGUAGACAGGAUAGUGAAGAAGGCAUUUGGUAUGCUGACCUUUAUUGGUCAGUGUAUUGAGUACAAGAGUGGGAAGGUCAUGUUGCGACUGUACAGGACAUUGUUUAGGCCACUUUUGGAAUACUGGCAUGCACUUCUGGCCACUUUUCUCCAGGAAAGAUUUUAAAUGUGAAAGGGUUCAGAAAAGAUUUACAAGGAUGUUACCAGGCUUGAAGGUUUUGAGCUAAAGGGAGAGGCUGAACAGGCUGGGGCUAUCUUCCCUGGAGCGAGGGAGGCUGGGGGAUGACCUUAUAGAGGUUUCUAAGAUCGUGAGGGGCAUGGAUAGGGUGAAUAAUCAAGGUCUUUUCCCCAGGGUAGGGACAUCCAAAACUAGGGGGCAAAGGUUUAAGGUGAGGGGCAAGGAUGUAAAAUGGAUGUAAGGGGCAACAUUUCCACACACAGGGUUUGUGAAUAUGGAACGAGCUGCCAGAGGAAGUGGUGGAGACUGACACAGUUACAACAUUUAAAAGGUAUUUGGAUGGAUGCAUGAAUAAGGAGGGUUUAAAGGGAUAUGGACCACAUGCUGGCAAAGAGGACUAGAUUAAUUUAGGAUAUCAGGUUGGCAUGGAUGUGUUGGAGUGAAGGGUCUGUUUCUUGCUGUAUAUCUCUCUAUGACUCUAUGAGAAGAGUUGGAGAGAGCAAAAAGUGACUGUUUGAUUGCUAUGGCAAUGUGACAGGUUGAAAUCUCCAGGCAUACAUCCAAACUAAAUUGGCAAUUACAGCAAUGUGGCUGCAACCAGGGAAAUGCAGCCUGGAGUGAGACCAGAAAAUGCUGGAAAUGUUUGGCAGUUCGAACGAUACACAAGGGCAGAAGAACUUCAGUUCUGAGGAAAAGUUAAAGAGGUCGGCUCUGUUCUCCUCAGAAAGAAGAAAACUGAGGGAGAUCUGAAAGAGACUUUUAGAAUCGUGAAUAAGUUGGAUAGAUGGGGAGAAACUGUUCCUGCUUGUGAAAGAAAAACAAAUGAGAGGGCAUAGUUUUAAAGUGAUGUGCCAACGAAACGAGGGUGAUGGGGGAAAAUAAAACCUUUUUCACACAACAAGCAGUCAGAAUAUGGAGUGCCCUGCUUGGAAAUGUGGAGAUAGGUUCUAUAGAGGGUACUAGAUGGCUAUUUAGCAGGGCCCUUGGGGAGUGCUACAGAACAAAGAGACCUUGGAGUGCAGGUUCCUAGUUCCUCAAAAACUGAGUUGUAGGUAGACAGGGUGGUGAAGAAGCUAUUUGGUAUGCUUGCCUUUAUUGGUCAGUACAUUGAGUACAAGAUUUGGGAGGUCAUGUUGUGGCCGUGCAGGACAUUGGUUAGGUCACUUUUGGAAUACUGCAUGCAUUCUGGUUUGUUCUACAGGAAAGAUGUUGCAAAAGGGUUCAGAAAAGAUGUGCAAAGAUAUUGCCAGCGUUUGAGCUAUGGGAGAGGCUCCAUAGGCUGGGCCUAUUUUCUCUGGAGCAUUGGAGGCCCUUAUAGAGAUCUAUAAAAUCAUGAGACACAUGGAUAGGAUGAAUAGCCAAGGCCUUUUCCCUGGGGUAAGGGAGUCCAAAAAUUGAGGGCACAGGUUUAAGUGAGAGGGGAAAGACUUAAAAUGGACCUAAAGGAGUAACUGCUUCACGAAGAGGGUGGUGUGUAUAUGGAUUGAGCUGCCAGAGGAAGUGGUGGAGGCUGGUACCAUUACAAUAGUUAAAAGGCAUCUGGAUGGGUACUUGAAAAGGAAGGGUUUAGAGGGAUGUGGGCCAAAUGCUGUCAAAUAGGACUAGAUUAAUUUAGGAUAUCUGGUCAGAAUGGACGAGUUUCCAUGAUGUCUGCCUCUAUGACUCUAGAAGUGGUGCGCAGGGAUAUGAGGUAAAAACAGGAGAUUGGCUUCAGGUAAUUGAACCGGUACAGGCACAAUGGGCUGAACAGCCUCUUCUUGUGCUGUAACAAUUUUGUGAUUCUGUGAACAGUUACUGUUUCAACUUGGUGACAUUCCAGUGGAACAAGGAGGCAGAGAGCUGAGCAGUAGCUGGGUUUAAGUGGGUGCAAUAGCAAGGCAAAGUGAAGGUGGGUGGAGAGAGUUAAAGAAUGAAAGGGAAGGGCUGGAAAGCAGGAGAGAUUAAAGGCAAAAAUGGCUGGAAGAUAAAAGGAGUGGGACAACUAAAUAAAGAAAACGAAUCUGGAGAAUGUGUAAGCAAGAAAAGCAAUGUUUUCUGCAGCAGCUGCCAUCCAAACAAAACAGGGGCAAAGAUUAUGAUCUGAAAUUUUUGACUCAGUGUUGAGUUCAGAAGGCAGUGGAAGGCUGAUGUGAAAGGUGAGGCACUGCACCUUGAGCACACCUGCAGCUGUACAGUGUACCUUUACAGCUGUACCUGUACUACUUCUAUCUAGUGUACUUUAUUCACAACUCAUGGCUUGACCCGCUGCACAAUGUGGGGCGAGGGGUGUGGGACCAAAUGCAGGCUGGGUGACUGCUGUCUGGGAUAGCUUCAUUCAGUUUGCAAGUGUGACCCCCAAGACUCCAGAUUUUCUGUCACUUUAAUUCUCUGACCUCUCAGCUCUUCCCCUCCUGCGUGCUACAAAUUGAGCUUAGCCAAAGCUUCAGGAAUGGCUGCUUUUGAUUAGGUGCUUUACUCAGAGGUUAACAGUUUCAGACCUUAAUCUCUACCCAUUUCCUGCGCUCCCCACAGCAGCUGUUUGUAUCUUUGUCAUUCCCACUUAGCCUGCCUCUCGAGACAUCUUAUUUUCCAUUGACCUGAAACAAUCACUUUGUUUCUCCCUUAGUGGAACCUGCUGCAUACUUUCAGCAUUUUCUAGUUUUAUUUUGAAUUUCGAGCAUCUGCAGGAUCGUGCUUUUGUAAAUAUUGCCUGGCAUGGAUCAGAAAUGGAAACUGGUGACAGCAAAGGUGAUGGUGUAGCCUUUGUUGACCCCAAACUGUAUCCGUAUCAUUAGUUGUCCCUUUACUCUAAGAAUCAGUGAAAGGGGAAGCAAAUGGUUAGGUCUUACUGUAAUUUACCAUGUAGCCUGUCCUUUAUAGAGAAUUUUGUCGCAUUUGGCUUUCUGAUUUUGAGCUAUUUACUCUGUGUUAAAAUUGGUGUUGAUUGGGACUUUGCCUGUGAAAGUGGCAGGUGUAUUGGA